AUGGUGUCGCCUUGGUAUACGCCGGAGUUUUGCGAUGUAAGCUUGAGUCGCGUGGUGAAGGCGCCUCGAUUCAGGGGGCGAGAAGUUUUUGACGACAAAGUUGGCUUACGAUUCUGCUUCAAGCUUAGGCCGCUCCGUAUGGAUCCGCUACUUUGUGGCGUCGGUCUGCGAGGCGCUGGAAGCGUUUGUAGUGAUCUUGUUGGCCCAUCUGCCAAGCUUCACAUGCGGUCCGAGCUCACGUGCGCUCCGAGUUCACGAGUAUUAGUGACCCGUGCUCACUUUAAGAAGCACAAGCAAUUCCCACAAUCUUUCCUUCACGUGCGCUCCGCGUUCACGAGUGAAUCACACGGAAUGAGAUAUCCCGCAAGCCACUCCGCUAAUCUUUCCUGCACUUCUCACGCCAUUGAACAGACACACUCAGAUACCCAGGUCGCCAACCUGCUCUCCGCAGAGCUCCGCAACGAGAUCUACGAGCUCGCUCUGAAGCAGAAGGAAGACCAAGCAGUCGGCAUCACAAUUGACAGCUCCACCAAUAGGCUCACGACUCGAGCCAAAAAUGCAACAGCACUUACACGCACCUGCAAGCAGAUCAACCAAGAGAGUUCAGCCAUGUUCUACGCCGUGAACAACUUCGUCAUUUCGAAAGGACCUGGACCUGAGACUAAGGGCAAGAAGAAGAAUCAGACUCAUGAAGUCCAGAUCCUCGAACGCUUCCUCAAAAGCAUCGGUCCGAAGAACUGCGCUGUACUACUGCACUUGGAUGUACAGGUACAUCGCCCUUUCGCAGAUUCCUACCAGCAAGCUCCCGAAUUGAACAAAUUACUGAAAAUCGCGAACAAGUUCAAGCCAAAGCAUCUAGACUGUACAUUCAGUCUGGAGAGCAAGGUGGACCCAAGAGUCUCCCCGGAAAUUGUCUCGGUUAAGCUCGACGUACUGAAGGGGUGCCAGAGUACCCAGGAGGCGUUGAAUCUGCUCAUUUGGGCGAGCAGGAUGUCGUCAAUCUCUCUCGAGACUCAAGGUUAUGGCUCCUAUGAUGAUGAUUGUCGGGACUAUAUGGAUGGAAUAGAUCGUUUCGGGGUUGUGUGGUGGUGGAUGUAUUCAGAGGGUUUGAGUGGAAAGGGCGCAUGCUGCGCAACGCUUGCUGGAGAUGAGAUGAGCGCUCGCCAAUGGGGCGCUGUACUUCAUUCAUCAGCAGUCUCUUGGUCUUCACGGUUUUCCAAGACAGUAUCGGAGCCAAAUAUCCUGAACAGCUGCAAAGAAAGUGCAUUACCAACCUAG